ACAGUUCUGUCCACGCGCGAACAUCAUCACAUCAACAGCAGCGCACCGCAACGUUACAGAAGAAGAAGGACAAAAAGGGACAAAGCGACUCCAAAUAAGGCUGCAGGUAGGAGACAGAGAGCCAUGCUGAAAGGGGGCAGCGCCAAGGCGGGGCUGCCCAAGCCGAGCCUCCAGGAGCGGGCCAAGCAGGCCUCGGCCGCCCCCUCCGCCCCCGCCUUCGCCAUGAAGACCUCCAGAUCCUCCAACACCCUGGCCUCGGACCUGCGCCAGAGCAGGCUGAAGAGAGCCAGCAGUGACGAUGCCCUGGCCAAGCCUGCUGCGGGAGCGAUGGCGUCGGGCUCCAGGAUGAGGAAGACGGUGACCAGCGGAGCCAUCUCUGACCUGGCGGAGGCCCGGCCUCGAGGCUUCUCAGGUGUCCAACCAGCCAAGAAGUCCGGCAUCCCAGCCCCCAAGGAGAUCGCUCCCACCGUCCCCAGAGACCGCGUGUCUCUCAGGGACCAGCUGAGGACGUCCACAGCCAAGAAGAUGGUGCCCAGCUCCAGCACCUCCAGCCUGUCCACCCUGGCCAAGCAGCGGGGCUCCGCAAAGGGGCGGGCGGACUGUGAGGGCCCCGACAAGGGCCUGCUGGAGUGCCAGGUGAAGGAACUGCUGGCGGAAGCCAAGGCCAAGGAGUUUGAGAUCAGCAAGCUGAGGAUGGAGCUGCAGCGCUGCCGGGGCAAGGCCUCCUCCUGCUCCCCCUCCUCGGGCACCCCCUCGCCCCAGGAGGGAGGCCCCGAGCAGGGGCGGGGCCUGCCCGGCGAAGCCCUGGUCCUGGUGGGGGAGCUGAGGGAGAAGAACGGCAAGUUCCAGCGGGAGCUAGCUGCUCUGCGGGAGGAGAACCAGAGCCUGAAGGAGAAGCUGCUGUCCCUGGAGGCCUCUCCUCUCUCCAGCAACAGCACCUCUAACGCCAGCCCCUCCAAGCUCUCGGUCAACGGGCUCCCCUGCGACGACGACGCGUCAGCACUCCCCCGCCCGCCCGCCGGCGGCAGCCCACUCCAAACCUCCGCCUCCUCCGGCAGCGACAUCACCAAGGGCUCCCCCUCGCCCGACUCCUCGGAGUUUGAGAAGAUCCCCUCGCGGCCCGACUCUGCGAGCAGCGGCGUAGUCAAGGGGCUGUCGGCGGCGGGGGGUCGCGACCCCUCGGUGGAGAGCCUGACGGAGCAGAUCCAGAAGAUGGAGGAGAGCCACCACAGCACAUCGGAGGAGCUCCAGGCCACGCUGCAGGAGCUGGCCGACCAGCAGCAGGUGGUCCAGGAGCUGACGGCGGAGAACGAGCGCCUGGCCGAGGAGAAGGGCCUCCUGCAGGCCUCCCUGCAGCAGCAGAGGGAGAGGCUGGAGCUGCUGGCCCAGAAGAACGAGGCCCUGGCCUCCAGGCUCCAGGAGCAGGCCCUGCUCCAGGCCCAGAGGGAGGCGGAGGAGGAGGAAGAGGCCGGCCAGGGGCCCCGUCUGGCCGAGCUGGAGCAGCGGUACUCGGACCUGGUGGAGGGCUCGCGCUUCGAGAGGGAGAAGCUGGUGGGCAUCCAGCAGCAGCUGACGGGGAGCCUGAGAGCCCUGGAGCAGGAGCACCAGGACGCCCAGGGCCAGGCGCGCUCCCUCAGGGAGGAGAGGGAUGGCCUCCAGGCCCGCGUGGCCAGGGAGGUGGAGGCCGGAGGUCGGGCCGCCCGGGCCCUGGAGGAGCUCCGGGCCGCGGCCGACGGCCUGAGGGGGGAGAACGGGCGCCUGAGGGCCCAGGUGGACGUGGAGAAGCAGAAGGUGUGCGAGCUGAAGGCCAUGCAGAGCGCCAGCGACAACACGGAGCUGCAGGGCCUGCUGAAGGCGGCCCACCUGGAGAGAGACAGGCUGGAGGGGGAGGUGACGGAGGGGCGGCAGGAGCGGCUGCAGGCCCAGGCGGACGCCGAGCACGUCCGGGCCUUGCUCUCCAAGACGGAGGGGGAGUGUCGGCUGGUCCAGCAGCGGGCUGAGAGGAGGGAGCUGGACCUGAGCGAGAGGGUCAGCGCCCUGGAGGAAGACAGGCAGCAAGCCGAGGCCCAGAUCAAGGACCUGAAGGAGACCAUCUUCGAGCUGGAGGACCAGGUGGAGCAGCAGAGGGCGGUGCACCUGCACACCAACCAGGCCAUCCUGGACCUGGAGAACCAAGUCAAGAAGUUGGAGGAGCAGAAGGCUGAGGUGGAGCGACAGCUGAAGAUCCUCAGCAAGCAGAUGAAGGACGAGACGGAGGAGUGGCGGCGCUUCCAGGCGGACCUCCAGACGGCGGUGGUGGUGGCCAACGACAUCAAGGUGGAGGCCCAGCAGGAGCUGCGCUCGCUGCGGAGGAGGCUGCAGGAGGAGCAGGAGCACAGCGCCAAGCUCUCCUCCGACCUGGAGCAGCUGCAGGGGGUCGGCAGGACGCGAUUGGACGAGGGGAGUCCGUCGGGCCCUCAUUGGUGUGCGACCGGCGCCAUCCAGACCCCGCCCGCGGACGCCGACGGCAACGCCACGUCGGAGCCGGGAGCCACGGUCAAGUCCCUCAUCAAGUCCUUCGACACAGCUGUGCAGAACUGUCCGGGGCACUCGGUCCAGAUGCACUCGUCCCCGCGCAGUCCCCUGAGUGGCAUCCCCGUCCGCAGCGCCCCGGCCGCUGCCGUCUCCCCCGUCCAGAGACAUUCGUACAUCAAGCCCCUCUCCAAGACACUGGAGAAAAGGAUCAAUCACGGGGACUUUUCCCAUCCAGAUAAGUUGGGGGGUGGAGGGGAUGACAUGAAGCCCAACAGCCUGAUGAGGAAGAGCCCCUCUCUGGAGUCGGUCAUCAAGACCCCCGCCAACCUCAGCCGGCCCAGCUGCUACAGCUACAACAAGGCCAACAGCAAGCUCAGUGUGGAAAGAAAAGACCUGGCUGCGCUAGCACGGGAGUAUGGGGGAUCUAAGAGGAACGCUCUACUGAAGUGGUGCCAGAAGAAAACAGAAGGCUAUCCGAACAUAGAUGUGACCAACUUCAGCAGCAGUUGGAGUGAUGGACUGGCAUUCUGUGCCCUCCUGCACACCUACCUGCCCGCCCACAUCCCUUACCAGGAACUCAUCAGUCAAGACAAGGGUCGGAAUCUGGCUCUGGCAUUCCAGGCGGCGGAGAGCAUCGGCAUCAAGCCCUCCCUGGACAUUGAUGAGCUGAUGCACACAGACAGACCAGACUGGCAGAGCGUCAUGCAGUACGUCUCCCAGAUCUACAAGUACUUUGAGACCUGACCAGGGGUGGACGUGGAGGAAGAGGAAGGCACCGCAGCACUUUCUGCCUAGUAUCCCCCACCCCCUCAACCCCUCUUUUUCAACAUGAAGUUUUACCGUGCCCUUCUCCAUACAGAGUGAUGACCUCCCCCGCCUCCACCAUCCCAUGCAAUAUUAAUAGGAACCCUCCAGUGAUUUUUCUGAGGUUUGAACUUGCUUGGAGUUGCUGUUUGCUAGCUCCUUUAUCAUGUUACAGUGUGUAAAUGCUAUAGGAGUUCACAGCAGUCGGGAUACACUAACAUUAAUAUCAACCUUUUGUUGUUGGCACUUAGUAUGUACAAAAAGGAAUGCUGGAACUGCUUCUUGAGUUUUCGGUUAAAGUCCAGUUAUUAUUUGGAAGGCCACUUUGAAAGAAGGAAAUGUCUUUGAAUAAGAAGCCUUUACAUAUCAUGGUCUGGAGUCAAGGUGUUAUCGGUGAUGCUGCACAACCUAUGAAUUGCAAACACCUCAGUAGCUACGCGUUGCUCCUGACAGUCUUCCCAGAUAUACACUAUUUUCCCACAAAAUAUUGAUACAGAAUGUGUAGCUGUUUGAAUGGUUCAGGGCCAACCACUUUAUAAUGUGUCCUCCCUCAUACAGUCCUUUUUGUUUUUAGACAGCACUAUUACUAUGUCAUAGUUCUUAAGUGAAUCAGUAAAACACUACAUGUAUAAAGUAAUACCAUGCUGAAGAUGUCAAUUACAUUUCAUUGUAUGGGCUGGGACACUUUAUAUAGUCUGUGGUAUGUGGUAUGAAGACAACCAUCCAUGUUCAGCUGCCUCAGACAGACAGAAGUGUUAUUUAUUUAUUUACAUACGGAAUGUUCUAAGAAAUGUAAAAAUAAUGCAGGAAAUUGAACGUUUUCUAUUUACCGGCCUCUGAGAUGUGCUUGAAGGGGUUGAUGUCCCAUCUAAGUAGCAGAUGGUUAUUGUUGAAUAAAGUUUUGACAAGCUUU